AUGUCGUCGAACCUGUGGAGGAGUAUCGUGCUGGAGGUUAUCAUCCGGUUCACCUCCAUGACGUUUUUCACCACAGACCUGCAGCCAGCGAACAUUUUAUUUUCUGAUGACUGUGACCUCUCCAGCGACAUUCUAAUGGAACCCGAACUCAGUCCUGUCAAUUGGCUCCCAAAAAUCCAAAUUGAUAACAGCGCUCCCCAGUAUCUUGUGGUUUCACAACGGCCCCGCGGAAUGCUUGACAAUGCCGUAUUCUCGGCACUUACAGUCAAGAUCGGAGAUCUGGGCGGAGCUAUGUGGAGCGGCCAGUAUGACUCUCUUCCGGUGACACCCACUGCUUUGAGGGCACCCGAGCUACUCGAAAAAUGCCCAUGGAACGAGAAGAUUGACAUAUGGACUCUUGGCUGCUUGAUAUUUCAACUUGCCACGAACGAACCACUCUUUCCGCUGGAAUCUUUUGGCUGCACAGCUGAUGAAAUACAUCAGCUUUUGAUAUCCCGGUUACACACAUUCAUCGAGGGUGGGAGUGAUAGCUUUGCGGUCUAUCUUGAGGAGAGGCUGCCGAGUGACUUUGGCACAGAAAGCGUCGAACAGCUCGUCCAUUUCCUUUGGUCAAUGUUGCAGGAGAAUCCACAGGACCGACCAUCCGCUGCUGCGCUCCUCGAGCACCCGUUUUUAGUUGGAUAG